AUGGCGACUUCCACUAUAACGAUUCUUCUGAUGGCUUUCCUGGGACUGGGACAGUCCCACGGAUUCGGGGGAAAGUUCGGCGGGGGUUACGCUCCAGUUUACAACAACUUUGUACCUUAUCCAGUUGCCCAGCCGAUUCCGGUGGCCCAACCAGUGCCAGUACCCGUUGCCAUUCCCCAGCCCGUUCCCGUUCCAGUGCCCCAGCCAGUGGUGAUUCCCAUCAAAACUGGCUGGAAGGGUGGAUUUGGGGGAUUGGGUGGCGGAUUCGGUGGAUACCAGAGUUAUGCAUCUUCAUUCAGCUCGGCCAGUGCCUCGGCCUUUGGGGGUGGUUUCGGAGGCGGCAUCUGGAAGAGACGCUGA